UUUCAGAACUGUCAUUAUGACAUUUGACACAUCUGUCAUUUUGACAAAUUCAAAAACAUUCCGUAAAACCUAACCAAACAAAUUAGUUUUAGGUUUUCAGAAUAAAAUUAUUAGAUUUCUAAAAAAUCACAACUAAACAGCCAAAAUGAGUACGAUGCCCGUGAGUUCCUCCACAUUACUUCCUUUAGAGUUGGUGGACAAAUGUAUUGGCUCCAGAAUACACAUAAUCAUGAAAAACGAUAAAGAAAUGGUAGGGACGCUACUAGGGUUCGACGAUUUCGUUAACAUGCUCUUGGAGGAUGUCACUGAAUAUGAAACAACCCCUGAGGGCAGAAGAAUUACCAAACUUGACCAGAUUUUAUUGAAUGGAAACAAUAUAACUAUGCUUGUCCCUGGAGGAGAUAUGCCAGAAUGAGUGAUAUACAGCAUAUAUUACAUUUUUGUAACAUUAAAAUAAGGAAAACAUUCAAAUAAAGGAUAUGUUGUGUAA